AUGGCAAAGUACAACUUAUCUGUGUUGUGUUCAUGAUAAUUGUUAAAAUGUAAAUUACAGACUGAUUGAUUAUCAUUCUGAUUCGACACUAACAAUUAAAGAAUGGAGAUUGGAAUUGGCCAAGCUUAUUUAUCCUUAUUUAGAAUAGUGGUAAGACUAUUUGGUGUCUUGUCAAGUCAAUUAGAUACGAGUAUAUGAUCGUAUACCGUAGCCAUGUGUGUUAG